ACUAUUACCAUAUCCCAAGUCUUCCAGGAGAAGUUUUUGCUUUCAAAAAUAAAAAAAAGGGGAAAUUUGCCUCUCUCUGUCAUCUGCACCAAAUCUGCAACUUCGCUUCAAUUUCUUAUCAAAUGCUCGAAAACAGUCACUCACCGCGAGUCUUUCGCGGUGUUCAUUUCUCCCUCUUUGGUUUCGACCCUCUCACUGAAAGCAAGAUACGGUUCAAACUUGUGAAUGGCGGUGGAAUUGAUGCGGGAAGGAACAGUGGGAAUUGUACUCAUGUUAUUGUUGAUAACCUUGUUUAUGAUGAUCCCGUGUGUGCUGCUGCAAGAGAUAAUGGAAAGACGCUGGUUACAUCGUUGUGGGUUGAGCACAGUGCCGAUAUUGGAAUGCCCGUUGAUGUUACCUCGGUUAUGUACAGACCGCUUAAAGACUUGAAUGGAAUUCCUGGUGCAAAAGAUUUGUUUGUCUGCUUGACUGGUUAUCUACGCCAGGAUCGGGAAGACAUCAUGACUAUGGUUGGCUUGAUGGGUGCACGGUUUUCUAAGCCGUUGGUGGCAAACAAGGUUACUCAUCUUGUAUGCUACAAAUUUGAAGGGGAAAAGUAUGAGCUUGCAAAGAGAAUGGGCACAAUAAAGCUAGUUAAUCAUCGUUGGCUGGAAGAUUGCUUGAAGGAUUGGGUGCUUCUUCCUGAAGACAAAUAUAACAAGAGUGGUUUUGAAUUGGAGAUAGUGGUGGAAGAGGCUAAGGAUUCUGAGGAUGAGGCUGAAGAUUCCAAGCUGGGGCAAUUAGGGGGAAGGAAUACAAGCAAAAGCCCCCCUGGUUCAAAAUUUGGUACAACUGUGACUCCUGGAUUGUCCAAAACUUUAAGAGAGGAGGCAUCAAAUGCUAUCCCAGAUUCUACUGGUCCACAGGUCUUACCAAACGUCAAUAUUGGUGAAGAUCCUUUAACUACUACAAGAAAUAAGAAUAAUUCUGAUCAAGAUGCAGACUUGAAUAAUAUUGGUGACCUUAAGGCACAUGGCUUCCAGGAUCUAGGCAUCACUGGAAACACAAGUUCAUCUGCCCAGCAACCUAAUCUGCAAGGUGGCACUUUGGAGACCAAGAAAUUAAGUCACACAAGAUCAACUUCUACAAAUGCUGAUGGACUUGCACAUUCAGAUGAAAAGCUUGGAUCUGCGAGUUAUUCUAGGAAGAAUCAAAAGGGGUUUACCUUUUCAAAGGUAUCAGAAGAAUAUGAAGGUAUAGAAGGCAACAACCUUGAAACCCCUUCCACCAAGGUAGAAAAGACACGUGAUAGAAUCAAGUCUGCUUGUGUUGAAGGUUCUGGGAAAGAAUCUUCUGUUAUUCAAGAGGUUAAUGGAAAUAAUUUAUUGCCUCAAAAGAGAACAAAUGAAGCUGCUGCUUCUUCCAAAUUAAAAUCAAGAAAGGUUGCUGGUAAUGCAAAAUUGUCUAUUGAAAGGACACCGCUAAAAAAUGGUAAAUCUCGAGGAUUAAAAGUCCCUUCUGUGGUUGAUGAACCGCCUACGUCUGAUGGCUUUCUCUCUGUUGACAAAGAUGGUACAAAUAACUCAAACACUUGCUUGAUUGCUAAAUCUGCAGCUUCUGCCUCCAACUCAGUGGCAAUUAAUAAGCCUAUCUCAGGAAAUGCAGAGCCGGCUCAAUGUAAUAAUGCAUGUCUGAAUUCAGCCCAAAAGGCUGUUCAGAGCUUAAGUAAGUCUAAAACUGGUGAGCCUGAUAUAAAGGGUUUUGAAAUGGGACAAGGUGAUAACAAAGCAGAGGAACAUAAUAUCACUACAAAUCUUGUUUUUUCAUCACCAGGAAAGAAGUCAAAGAAUGAAGGGUUUGCUAGUCUUGAUGAUUGGGAUUUAAGCAAUGAAGAAAGCGAUAAGCUGGUUAGAAAGUCACCCCACAAGAAAUCAUCUGUCAAGAGAACUCUCGGUUCUAGACCCAGAAAAGGUGUUACUGCUAAACUGAAGAGUUCAGUUUGCUUGAAUAAAACUAUGCAGCAAGAUGAAGGCGUAAGUUCUAGCAGUGGAAGCAAAGAAAUAGAAACUUCUGGUGCUGGUCAAGCAUCACCCCCAGUCCUUGAUGUAAACAAAUUGACGGAGCAAAAAGCGGUUAGUGAAUAUGCAGAAGAUGCUGGUGGCAGAACUGAUAUUUUGGAUGACGAAACAGAGGCUCCAGAUGACAAAUGUGAAUCUGAGAUGGGAAUGGCUCCUGAUGAAGAAUUGGUUCAUCUUUCAAAAAAACAUGACACCUCAACAGAAGAGAAGUUAGAAGCAGUUGAACCUGAAAAAAAAAGUGAAGAAGCAAUGCCUCCUAAAAAAUUCACAAAUGAAACUGAAAAACAGAAACCACCUUCACUGUUAGACCCUUCCUCAAAGUUAAAAGUAAAGCAUCAAGCGAUGAAGCGUCCUGCUAGUAAAACCAAGAAGCCCACAGCUGCAAAGAAAAUAGCGAAAACUGUAGAGCCAGUAUCUGGGGAGAUGAUUCCUAAUGAGACAAGGGAUGGGGCAGAGAUAAAAAUCCUGCCUCAUCUUGAAGAGAAGUUUGAAGCAGCUGAACCUGAUAAAAAAUGUGAAGAAGCCGCGUCUCCUAAAAAAUUCACAAAUGAAACUGAAAAACAAAAAUCACCUUCACUGUUAGACUCAACCUCCAAGUUAAAAGUAAAGCAUCAAGCAAUAAAGCGUCCUACUAGUAAAACCAAGAAGCUCACAGCUGCAAAGAAAAUAGCGGACACUGUUGAGGUAGCAUCUACAGAGAUGAUUCCUAAUGAAAUAAGGGAUGAGGCAGAGAUGAAAAUCCUGAAAGAAAUGUCUGUAUCUUCUGAUAUAAAACGCCCUCCUAGUAAAACCAAAAAGCCCACAGCUGCAAAGAAAAUAGCGGAAACUGUUGAGGUAGCAUCUGCGGAGAUGAUUCCUAAUGAGACAAGGGAUGAGGCAGAGAUGAAAAUCCUGAAAGAAAUGUCUGUACCUUCUGAUAUGAAACGCCCUGCUAGUAAAACCAAGAAGACCACAGCUGCCAAGAAAAUAGCGAAAUCUGUAAAGGCAGUAUCUGGGGACAUGAUUCCUAAUGAGACAAAGGAUGAGGCAAAAAUAAAUAUCAUGAAAGAAAUGUCUGUACCUUCUGAUAUAAGUGAGAACUCAAAUGCACCAAGAAAUAAACCAGAGAAUUUUGUUGAAGAGGAGAAGGAGAAUAGACCAAAUGUCGGAGAACAUGAUUUACUGAAGGAAAGAAGUGUUGUAAAGCGAACUAUUAAAUCUAGUGUUAAGCCGACGAGUAUAAAGUCUAAGAAAAUGAAGCACAGUCCAUCUAUAUCAGAAUUUAAUGCAAGAGUAAAAACUGAAGACUCACGUUUCAUAUUAUGUGGCCAUCGCCUACAAAGAAAGGAAUUUCAGCAAGUAAUCAAGCGUUUGAAAGGAAGGCUUUGCCGUGAUUCUCAUCAGUGGUCAUAUCAGGCAACGCACUUCAUUGCCCCAGAACCUAUAAGGAGGACAGAGAAAUUUUUUGCUGCUACUGCAUCAGGAAGGUGGGUUCUUAAAACGGAUUUCUUAACUGCCAGUAGCCAGGCAGGAAAAUUCAUGCCAGAGGAGCCUUAUGAGUGGCACAACAAUGGACUCACUGGUGAUGGUGCCAUCAAUAUGGAGGCUCCAAGAAAGUGGCGGCUGGUGAAAGAAAGAACAGGACAUGGUGCCUUCUAUGGGAUGCGCAUAGUUGUUUAUGGCGCUUGUUUUGUUCCACCUUUGGAUACUCUGAAGCGUGCAGUCAAAGCUGGAGAUGGAACAAUAUUGGCAACAUCUCCUCCUUAUACUCGCUUCCUUGAUAGUGGGGUCGACUAUGCCAUUGUUAGCCCUGGCAUUCCACAGGUUGAUUUGUGGGUCCAAGAGUUCUUAAAACAUGAAAUACCUUGUGUUGUAGCAGACUACUUGGUUGAGUAUGUCUGCAAGCCUGGAUCCCCCCUUGAGAGACAUGUACGGUAUGACACUGAAGCCUGGGCGGAUAGGUCACUUGCAAAACUUCAUAAUAAGGCAGAAGAGAUAAUUGAAGAGGUCAUUCCUCCUAAGGAUUGCAAUGAUGAUGAUGAUGAUGAUGUAGCUUGCCAAGUAUGUGGCUCCAGGGAAAGAGGAGAUGUCAUGCUGAUUUGUGGUGAUGAAAGUGGAUCUGUUGGAUGUGGAAUGGGUACCCAUAUUGAUUGCUGCAAUCCUCCGCUCACAGCUGUUCCUGAGGAAGAUUGGUUUUGCCCAGAAUGCAGUAGUACCCAAAAAUACUCAAAAAACCCCAAGAAAAAGAAAAAGGGUGCAUUGUCUUCAUCAAAGACCAAGUGAUUCUGUCACCGUGUAUCUUAUUUUUAUCAAUCAUUAGCCCCUGAUCAUUGUGCAUUACACUCUUAUUGUUCUUUUUUUUUUCUUCUCUGGGUACAAUACACUCUUAUUAUUGUUCUUAAAUAGCUGUCUUAAUAAUUAUGUAAAAAUCCUUUUUGAUUAACAAACUAAUUUUGAUUGACAUGCUUGGGUG